GAGCUCGUGGAGUUCUGUCGCUUCCUGGCGCCCAGCAGCAGCGAGCUGGCAUCAAGGCAGGCCGCGCUUGCGCGCGUGACAGAUGCUGUGCAGAGCAUCUGGCCCUCUGCCUCUGUGCAGGUGUUUGGCUCCUUCGUCACAGGGCUCUACCUGCCAUCAAGCGACAUGGACAUUGUGGUCAUGGACUCGCAAUGUGGAGACAUCCGAUCAGCGCUCAAGGCCGUGGCCAACAGCCUGGUCAGAAAGAACAUGGCGAAGAACAUCCAGAUCAUAGCCAAGGCGAAGGUGCCGAUCAUCAAGUUUGAGGACAUAGAGUCGGGCAUCAAGUUUGACAUCAGCUUUGACGCUGCGAAUGGCCCCGAGGCCGCGGACUUUGUCAAGGGUCUCAUGCAGAGGCUGCCUCCCAUGCGGCCCCUCGUGCUCAUCCUCAAGGUCUUCCUGCAUCAGAGGGAACUCAACGAGGUGUAUCAAGGGGGCAUUGGCUCGUAUGCGCUGCUGGUGAUGGUGGCGGGGUUUUUGCUGCUGCACCCCUCGCGGGGAGGCCCAGGGGGGGACCUUGACUUGGAGGCCAAUCUGGGAGUGCUCCUGCUGGACUUCCUGCGCCUCUUUGGCCGAUCCCUCAACACACUUGAUGUCGGCGUCUCCUGCAGGCACGGCCUCUCUUCAUGUGGUUCUGGCGGAUGUUUUUUUGGGAAGCGCGACCGGGGGAUGCUGCAGGUGGAGCGGCCCUGGAUGCUGGCUGUGGAGGACCCCAAAGACCCCUCCAAUGACCUCGGCAAGGGCAGCUACAACAUACAAAAGGUGCGCGCCCCUUCUCGUGACUCAUUAGCCCGAUUUGAUGCUUUUUGGCCUGGUUGCGGAAGCAUUGGUGUAUAA